AAAACUGCUAAAAAGUGAUUGGAAACGAUGAGUCUAUUCGUCAGAAAAACUGUACAGUUUAUCGGUAAAAUAGUUAAACUGUCCAGACCGGUAGUGUACUCGAAAUCCAACAAUAAACAACUGCUUACAUCAGACGUCCUCGGUAGAAGUGCACACACAAAUAGCAACACUGAGGAGGAUUUAGUCAACAGAUUACUGGAACAAUGGUGCUGUGGAGUCCAGCACUUUGGAAAGCUGAAGUUGAAUGUCCCGUUUGAAACCCGCGUGUCUAGUCUUAAUCCCCAACUAUAUCCCGACAUGAAUAAAGUGAUUAUAAGAUUGCUGUAUAUUGCUCCUGAAAUGCCAGCAACUGAUGAUGUGCACGAAUUUUUAUCGGGUUUAACAAAGUUGUACGAAGUAAAAUUUGACACCCACGACGAUAUGUGCCCAGAAGAAAUCACUGUAGACGGAAGAUUUAAGGCAGCAAAACUGCCAAUUUCUUGUCAUUGUGAAAUACCAAUUAAAUUUGAUUUGGAUGUAAACAGCAGUGAGAGUAUUGUUAUACAAGGGAUGGAGAGUGACACUAUCAACGUUAAGGCUAAGUCAUGUACCUUCAUUAGUACCAAGAGUGGCUCCAUUUCUGCUACAUGUAGUGAAGGUGAUCUUGUUUGUCAGAAUCUUCUCCAAGGCAAUCUUAAUCUCCAGGUUAAAGGAAAUUCGAACAUACUCACAGAUAGACUUCAGGGAACAGAAAUUACAUGUAGCACAGAUAACGGUAACAUCACAUGUUCUUCUGUAUACUCCAGUAAGGCAGGAUUCACCAGUCAGAAUGGAAACAUUAAGCUGACCAAUUGUCAUGCUGAUACACAUGUCACAGUUCCUGAGGGAAACUUGACAAUAGAUUCGUUUGAGGGGAAUUUGAAUGCUGACGUUCAGAAAGGAUCAACAGAUAUCUUUAUAACAAGACCUGAGCAAGUAAAAGUUAAAUCAGAAACAGGUGAUAUCAGUUUACGGGUAGACAAGACCAUCAACUCUGAAUUUGAGCUACAUGGUAAAACAGUAACUGUUGAUGACACACUAGAAUUCCGUGAGGAGAGCUCAACUGCUUGUGAUAAUAAGAAUUCAGUAAAAGGCUGUAUGAAUGGAAGCCAGGCCAUGAUCUCUGUGGAAACCUCAGAAGGAUGUGUAAAUGUAAAACAACAUGACUGGUUCCAGUCUCUUAAUCUCAAGUUUCAGUCUGGAUAAUUAAUUACAUUGUCCAACAACAUUAAAUUAUUUCCAAUCAGAAAGAA